AGCAGCCUGGUUUGAAGUUAUUCUCAUUUCUCAAUCAUCUCCAAGCAUGAAAGGAAUGGAUCUUUUCUGUGCAUCUCCAGCCUCCACAGCCAUAUGCUCUAGCAUGGAGCUCCGUUCCAUGGUCCGACAUGGCCCCAGACCGAUUGAGCGCCGCCGCAAUCCUCCACAUAUCCAUGAUCGAAGAAAAAGCCAAGUACCCCAUGUCCCUUGUUCAUCUCAAUUUCCCAUCAAUCCUAAGCCUUAUUAUGAAAAGUAUAGGCGGAGCUCCGCCAAUCAAAGUGAUUUACGUAGAAAAAGCUCCGCCAACGUCAUAAAUGAUCUGAAUACUACUCCUCCUGGCUCCUCUAGAUAUCUCCUAAGUGACUCACCCUUCAUCGACUGGUUAUCCGAGUCGUCUGAGCCCGGCGCCGCUGCAUUGGUUCCUGCUGAGCCGGCGAAGCCUCGGCGCCUGAUCAGCUCAAACGACUCUCCUCCUUUAAAAUCCUCUUUCUCAGCUCGCUCCCAUGAUCAGGUCGUGGUUUUGUGGGUGUCACUGCAUUGUAAGGGAUGUGAAGGAAAAGUCAGAAAACAUAUUUCAAAAAUGGAAGGAGUGAGAUCAUAUAGUAUAGAUUUGGCGACAAAGAAAGUGACAGUAAUUGGGGACGUGACACCUUUAGGUGUACUCGCGAGUGUGUCCAAGGUGAAAAAUGCACAGCUUUGGCCGACUCCAACAUCUACAUCUACAUCAUCAUCAUCCCCAUCACCAUCUUCCCGAUGGUCAGCAUGAGCAGUUGCAAAUAAAACUGGAGUUUCUAUUUAACUUUUUAUGUACAAGUUUGGAAUCCCACUAAGGGUGUGUUUGUAUGCUUUGAUUUGAUAAACUUAUCAUGUUUCAAUUAGUAUGUGAUGUAAAUUAUAUAUAUAUAUGUAAAAACUCUUUCUUUUUUUCUACGGGAUUGGAAUCAUCAGAAACUUGGUUGUUCAGAGAUCAGAGAAGAAAGUAAAAGUGAU